GUCGUCCAUUAUUGUUACUGGCAACAUUAUCGCGUAUUAAAAUGUUGCCACAUUCAUAAUUUACUGUUAAAUAUGUCCUUAAGAUACUAGUUGUUGUCUUUAUAGUACUUAAGCACAACGAAACAGUUAGAAUGAGACUGCACUGUUAUUUAGUAUAGUUUGCACUUUAUAUUGUUAAGAAAGGGUUCAAAAGUUUAUGUCGCAGGCCGUUGGUUCAAUCAGUCGGUUAAUUAAGCGGCUAGUCGUUUAAAACCUCAUCAUUCUAUUAAAUGCUUCGAGGAAGCUUAACCUACUCCUCUAACAUUAUGCAUAACAAAAGGGGGGGGGGCAAUAUAUUAGAUACAUUUUUAACUAAAAGAAAAGCUUAAUAAGGGGCUAGUUUUGUAGGCAAAAUUAUUUUACUGUUUUUCAUAUACGGUGAAAUAUUUCACAAAGUACUAUUUAUUCUUAGUAAAAUUACAUUAGCUGUUGACGCCAUCUUAUGAAAAGACAGUUAACGCCGCAGUAGUGUAUUAUCGAAAGAGUUGACUUUAGCCACAAUUUUAUUUGUAAUUACGAUUUAAGGCGUUCAAUUAACUGUCUGCGUUUAACUAAAAACAUGCCGUUUAAUUAACCAGCUAAUUUAACCAUCGGCCUGCGACACGUACCAGUGUGAUAGGCCUUUGUACAAAAUUCCUAUGAAAAAUAAAUAUCCAAAAAACAAACGAUCUCUCUUUCUUAGGUUAUUUCUACAAAAAUGCGUAGUUAUGAUUUUUAUGUAUCGGACUGAUUUGAUUUAAUUAGAAUAAUAAUUACGAGGGUGGAUUGAAAAGUACUCGGCCUAACACAGAUCCAUUCAAUUCUAAAAAUCAAAUCUACCCACAUUAUUUAGUUCAGUUCAGACUAGUUCAUUGUGUGAAGUUCGAAACGUGUGCGAUAAUUAGUUGUGAUUUUAUAAAUUUAUUAACAAAGUAAUCGGACAUAAUUUCCGCGAAUGGAGCAAAUCGAGCAGCGUGGCGUCAUUAAGUACCUCCAUAAGAAGGGGCUAUCGUCAAAAGCCAUCCAUGAUGACAUGGUCAGUACAUUAGGCGAUUGUGCUCUGUCAUAUUCAUCCGUCAAAAAAUGGAUAGCAGAAUUUAAGCGUGGUAGAGAGAGUGUGAAAGAUGAACCCCGCUCUGGAAGGCCUUCGACGUCAACUACUGACUAAAAUAUUAAAAAAGUACUUGAUUUAAUAAUGGGAGACCGCAGAUUAAAAAUUAGAGAGAUAGCCGAGAUUAUAGGCAUCUCUUAUGAACGAACUCAAAACAUCAUUGUCAACGAGUUGGAUUUCCACAAGGUGUCUGCGAGGUGGGUUCCGCGACUGCUUUUAGUUGAACAAAAAAGGACGCGAUUGACUAUUUCACGCGACUAUUUGGAGUUAUUUGAAGCCGAUGCAGAUGAUUUUUUGAAUCGUUUUGUUACUAUGGACGAAACAUGGGUUCAUUACUGUACACCGGAAACAAAACAACAAUCAAAACAGUGGAGAAGACCUGGUUCACCACCCCCUAAAAAGGCUAAGUCGAUUUUGUCGGCAAAUAAGGUGAUGGCUUCAGUAUUCUGGGACUCGAAAGGUGUGAUUAUGAUUGAUUAUUUUGAAAGGGGUCAGAAUAUAAACUCUGAUUACUACUGCACCUUACUACGUCGUUUACGAGAGGAAAUAAAAGAAAAACGUCGAGGAAUGCUAAGAAGAAAAGUCCUGUUUCAUCAAGAUAACGCCCGUGUUCACACGUCAGUACAGUCAAUGGCUGAAAUUCACAACUGUGGCUUUGAACUGUUACCGCAUCCGCCGUAUUCACCUGAUCUGGCACCAUCAGACUUCUUUCUGUUCCCUAACCUAAAAAAGCACUUGGGAGGUCAAAGAUUUUCGACAAACGACGAGGUCAAAGCAGCUGUAGACGCAUAUUUUGACUCUAAGGAAGAAUCAUUUUUUUUCAACGGUCUAAAUGCUUGGAAGGGGAGGUGGCAAAAGUGUAUUGAACGUGAUGGUGAUUAUGUAGAAAAAUAAAAAUAUAACUGAUUUAGUAUUUGUUUAUUAGGCCGAGUACUUUUCAAUCCACCCUCGUAGUAAUCUGUCUUCACGACUGUUAUCCUUUUUGGGGUGGAAAUUAGGACCCAAAAACGUUAAUAUAUAAAGGUCAGAAAAUGUCCCGAAAUUCUAAAAUAAUGCUGCCAGGAUUUGUAAACAAUAAAAAUCUCUUGUGUUUUCCUUGACUCUAUGUCAACUUUACUAGAAAUUCUCUUAUAAUCUUUUUGUGACCUGGCAACUCCGGUCAGUAUAACAACAAUAUUUUAAUUAUCUAUUUUUAUUAAGACUUUGUAUUCAAACUUGGACGUUCAAAAUUCAAAUCGCCGCAUAACCUAAAAGGAAUGGCAGUCGAAUUGGCCAUAUAAAAAUAUAAGGGCAACAGUCGAAAGCAGUAGUCUGAUAUAUUAAAUUAGUUGAUAUUCAAGUUUUUUUUUAUUAUUACAAUGUAAAACAAAAUAAAAAAUUAUUAUUUGGCGCCAACUGUCAUACUUUCCCGCCUUUUUAAUGGUCAAUGAUUUUUUUUGCAGCUCUCGAUGUUUUUAUAAUCUUUACCCAUAAGUCAGUGAUAAAAUGAGGCUUGUUUUUGUUAUUGUAUACAACAUAGGUGCUGUCUUCAUAUUUCGAAAUACUUCAACACAAGUACAUAAACUACCACAAAGAUAGAAUUAGCUAAAAGUUGUUAUUGCAUAAUAUCUGCUUGUCAAAAACUCGAUGAAAUGAUACUAGUCCCUUUAGAUAGUAAUUUUUAUGAUAGUUUUAUUUUUUAAUUUAUGAUUUAGAAAGUUAAUUAUAUUAUGUAUAAUUUCCACUUUUUACGAUAUGCGAUAGUUUUUAAUUUUUUUCUUUACCCAAACAGUAUUUAGAGAUAUGAUUCGGCCUAUGUAAAAAUCUAAUUAAUUAAGAAGAGAAAUUGUAUAGUUAGUAACAAUGUACAACGACAAUCAUUUAUUUUCUGCAAAUGGUAUGCAUAGUCCUUCCAAAAUAUUGGCUGCAAAUGAAAACAGCCUGUAUACAGUUCAGAAAUGUGUGACUAAAUACUAGAUAUAUUUCGUAUGGAUAUUUUUCGUAUUUACAAUUUUAUAUCCAAAGAAUGUUUCCAUCCGGUAUGGAAAGAUGAUAUCAAAUUUUGUUACGGUUCUUGUUCAUUAAGGUUUUUAUAAAAGUUCCAUUUUCCAAAAUCUGGUACCGGAAAAGGAUCGAUAAAGAUAUCGGUUUUUUGGAAGAUUCGGUGUCGUUGUAGCUUAGCUUUACUUUUAAAUCAUUACGUGAUGUUCUUGCACCGGAUAAAAUCAUUUUGUAUUUGUCCGUAAAAUCAUACAUAUUGGAAUUUGUUUUACUCGUGUCCCGCUGUAGUAAAAGUUCAGGUUCUAGCUUGUAUCAGAACCGCAAAAUCCGUUUCCUUACCGACGUUUUUGAACCUGUUAAAUCCUUGAUUUCUCUUUGUAUUAUAUACCAAAUAAUUUCUGUGAAUUACAAUAUUUCCUUCCAAAUAUGUUUGUAGAAAUGUCAAUUGAAAUACUUUUAUAUGUUAACAAACUUCUUAUUUUUAUAUUUAAAAAGAAAUUGUUAAAUCUCAUUCAAUACUGUUACUAAUUAAGGUUACUAAUUAAAUAGGAGGGGGGUGGGGGUAAUUUUCAGGGUUGGCAGACUUAGCGUACGGGUUGGCAACCGCAGUUUCAUAUAAUUUGAAGUUGUUAUCAGGAAGAUGCUGCUGCUCAUCUCCUGUUUCUAUUUCCGUCUGUCGUCUAUAAGGACAGCGACCGGAUGAUAUGAGAUUGUGUAUUUUCUUAUUUCUUAUUCGCCACUAAUACACACGCCAUAAUUCGUUUGUAAAACUACGAAAAGAUUAAUACUUGCGUCAACUUCUCAAUUUAUUUGAAAUUGCAUAGUUACAUGAUAUAAUUAUAACAUUUCACAAAAAGUAAAAACCGACUUGAAAUUGCUAACAAAGAAGUUAUUUAUUUACCCUUAGGGGAUGAAAUUUUUUCUCCAAAUUUAUAUGAGACCACCCUUUAAGUAUAACAUAUUUAAUAAAAGAAGAAUCAUCAAAAUUAUUUCACAAUCUGCGAAGAUAUCGCGUAACAUACAUACAAAAUAGACAUACACUCGAAUUGAGAACCUCCUCCUAUUUGAAGUUGGUUGAAAAUUGUAAAUAUGAAAAAUAUUCAUGCUACGGUUCAUUUGUAAUGUUGUCCUAUUCACCCAUAAAAUUGUGUCAAAUUUUCAUAAUUCAAUUUUAAAUUAAAGAAGUAUACAAAUAAAAAAUGUUGCUGUACAUUCGAACAAUUUUGAAUAUAAUAUAAGAACCUUUUAGCCCGUCUGAGUUAUGUAGUCUAAUAGCCAAAUAUUCAAAAGCUACUCAAUUUUAAGAUGUCCUUAAGUCUUGUGGUGUCGCAGUCACUUUGACUUAAAGUGAUAGAGACAGCACGAGACUCGACGGCGUCUUAAAAUUAAGUAGAGUUUGAGUGUUCGCCCAUAUCUCUCAUAAAUCUUCCAUAAAUCGACCAGUGUAAAUAAAAUCAAGUAUAAAAAUCUUCGUUACUAUGAAUACCACAUAAUAGGAUUUGUUAAUUUUAUAGCAGUUCAGUGGAUAGCAGUGUAGGUUAACGAAUUUAAUAAAGUAUAACAAUCAAAGAAAUAUAUUGGAUUUGGAUUUUGUAAAAAUUAAAACUACCUACAUAAAUAUAUGCCAUAUAUUAUAUACAUUGUCAGAAAAUGAUGCUGUUUUAAGGUGUUGUGCCUGUCGCUAUUUUUCUAUAAAAUUAUAUUCGAAGGAAAUGUUUAUGUAAUAAAUUUACGUCGGAAAAUCAUAAAUGCUUAAACGUCAGCCUUAAACAUUGUCAGGCAUUUCAUAAAAUCAAAAUGUCACGAAUAAAAUAUUUUGAAUUAAUAAAAAAUAUUGGGAUAUAAUAAUAAUUAGAUAAUGAGGGCAUCCACGACUUUUUCUGCCACCAGGGUGGCGCCACUUUACAAUGAGAUAAAAUAUUUGACAGGUUUCUAAGCGGGUAAGAUAAUUUCUUAGGAAAAUGUAAAUGAUGUUUCUUUCAGUAUUAUUAGCUAUAUUUUAUAUUAAUUAGAUUAGAAAUGAAAAAUGCAAACUAUGAAUAUAACUAAAAGUAGCAAAAUUAAAAGAAAAAAAUAAAGAUCAAACCACUGAGACAUUAUUUUGUGUAUUAAUAUAAUACUCUAGAAAGAAACUGAUAAACUUUUAUUUAAAACUAACUUCUUAAUUAAGGCGCAGGUUGAGCAAAAUGUCGCGCUAGUCGUUAUUUGUGUGGUUUUUAGAAGCUAUCUACUUUUUAUUUAAAAGAUAUAUGAACAAAUAAAAAACACAUUAUAUUUCUACAUAAUCUUGAUUCCAUAAAAGCUAUAUCCAAUUUUUUUUAAAACGAAUAAAUAUUAAUAUAAUCUCCUUACAACGAAACCACAUAAAUGUGAAAUUAUUAUUGAUAACAUGGAUCUCCUCGUAAAGUAAGUAUUAUUUUAUUUUGCGAUUUACACCAAUGGAUAGACAAUUUAUUAAUAAACAUUUCUAUAGUAAAUUUUUUUUCAAAAGACCAAAAUUUGAUUUUAUUAAGAAAUUAUUUUAAAAUCUGGGCAUAUUCACUGCUCACGGGCUUGCUAGAGUCAGUGAGCCCUGAGCUCUUCGACGCGAAGCCCGUGUCGUUAGAGCGUCGACCAGCGCCGCAUACACUCACGUAAUAUCAGUCGAUAAAUAAUAUUACUUAUUAGGUUAUUUAUAGGUAGUAUUAUUUGUUUGUUUUGGGUAUAAUUUUUCGUAUUAGUUAUACAUAUAUUUGUUGUGUUUUUUACUGCGCGAUGAAGCUUUUUGCGUGUAUUUUCUUUGAAGUAAAUGCAAAUAAAAAAAUGAAGCACCAUUGGCAUGUAAGGUUCGAAUCCAUAAUUAAAAUUUCGAUAAAUAUUAUAAUUUACACUAUAAAAGGCUAAUUCAACCCAACCACAAUAUCUUAUUACGUACAGUACUGCCUCGUUGGUCUAGUGGUUGUAGUAGUGCGACUGCUGAUCAUUAGGUCCCGGGUUCGAAUCCUGGGUCGGGCCCUGUCAGUUAUGAGUUUUUCAUUUAUGUUCUAAGUUAUAAUUAGUAUUACUAAGUUAUAGUUUUUUGCUAAAAUAUAGUAUAUUAUUUAUUGCUUGUUUUUUCUUCUUUUUCAAAAAAUAAUUGAGUACAUAAGGUGUUCUAUACUUAUAAUUCGGUAAAAAGUAUCUAAGUAGGUACUAAUAUACCUACUUUUUACUACUAAAAAUUUUUAAAACUAAAUUUAACUAAAAAGACUAAACUGACCAUUUAUUUUUUAACUCAAAACAGGACAUGGGUUUAUUUAUACUCUAAAAACUAUAACUUUAUACAAUUAGUGUUCACUGUAAAAUUAUAUUCGGUAUAGACGGUAAUUAUUAAAUGCAACAUAUUUUUCUUAAUUAUUAAUUACAUUUGUCAGUGGAUUAAAUUUUCUUUAAUAAAGUUGGUGUUGAUUUUAAAUAAAAAUAAAAUUCUGCU